UCCAAUAAAACGAAAGUUGACUGACACAGACAACAAUUAUGCCAAGGGGAACAACUCGAUACAAUCGUAAUAACUCGGCCUCCUCCGACAAGGCUUCGAGAUAGACCUCGUUAUACAAUCGUAACAACUCGGCCAUGGCCGAAAUGUUCCGAGCGAUUUAAAACUGUGCCCUAAAGCCUUGCAGGUGCCCUUCAUGUAUAUAUUGUUAUGUUUUGACAGAAUGAAAUGAAGAAAAGCCGUCAAACUCAUUAUUAUAAGUUGGAUAUUUAAUUUUUGUGUACGGAACUAAUAUAAAAUAACAUUAUCUGUUCUCUUUCAGGCUUGUUCUCUACAGCUCCUCACUAAGAUGUCGUUCAAGAGAGAUGGUGAUGACUAUUGUGCAUUAUCAGUUCAGAGGAAAAAUCGUGUUACUGAGUUACUCUAUGAAGACACCAGCAGUGAAGAGGUUUCAAAACUUCAAAAUGGAAAAUAUGUAUGUAAGCUAUGUCAUCACAAGCCAAUCUUCGACACCCUCAACAUGUUCCAUGUCCACAAACAAGCAAAGAAACAUUUGGAAAGUAUUAAAUGGGCAGAAUUGGAGAAACAGGAAUUAGCAGACCUUAUACAGAAACGGAAACAUGAGAAUGAACCCAACACACAGCAGGUAAAAGAGGAGACGCACAGUUUCGGAAGUAAAAAGCCUAGAACUAGACCACAUCAGAGAAAAAGGGCCAUUGACCUUGACCUUCCCUGCAUUGACACAACUCCCGUCUCAAGUCUCCCCGGCAACCAUGUCUCUGGUGUCCAUGGCAACAAGUAUUUUAAGGGCUCUGCAGGCUGUGGUUUCUCUGCCAACAAGAAAACAAUGUCAUCUGACCUACGGGGCAAUGUAGAAAGCACUCAUACAUCACUGUCCACCUAUCAUCAUGGAAACCAGAAAAACAGUGUUCAUAACAGCAAAACUAUGAACAGACAUUCUGGUACAAUUGCACACAAUUCGGAAGCUGAUGUCACUCAUAAAAACAUAAGUUCAGUGGUUGGUGGCAUAAGCAAUAUAAGCCAGUUUUAUGCUGCAAGAAGAAAACAAAAGCAAGCUUCUAUGAAUGAAAUUAACAGCCAGCUUAAGGGACCAAUGAGUAGUUUUUCUGCUGAAAAGCCUAAAAGUAUAUACAAGAGCUGGGACUACUACAAACAGGGUAAACCUGGCAGGAGCAUUUCAAUUCCACACACUGGUUGUAAAAAACUUAUAACUGAUAAGCCAAAUAGUCACCCUUGUGGAAAUAGAGAAGCUGAUGUUGAGAGAGCAGCCAAUGCAGAAAAAAUAUUGAAAGCAUUUGGUUUGGGGCAACACAACAAGCGUUUCGUUCCUGCUCUUGCAUGGUUACCAAGGGAUACACAGAUAAGAAGAAUGCGCCGAAAGAAGCCGUCGUUGUCGCUUCAUCGACAGAAGAAAACACGGGCGGAGAGAAACUCAUUUGAAAGAUGCUCGAAAACAACGGUGGCACAGCUGAAAACAACAAAACGGAAAACAUUUUUUUCCCCAGCCAAAUGUCCUAUUAUCGUGAGUUUACAAGAAAUGACCCCAAUACUGUCUCCGAUGAAAUCUCCAUUUCGUUCUCCGCUUUACAAAGCAUCGCCGCCCAAAAAACGUGCAAAGAAAAGCACGUCAGCAAGAAUACUCUUUGAACAAACUGACUGCAGCAUUUCCCCAGAACACCAGAAGAAUAACAUAAGCUUUCCUGAACUUGAUAUAUUAGAACUCGAUUAUGACACUGCAAUUGAUAAAACUGUGCAUUUUCUUGAAACCAUUGUGGAAUCAAGCCCUGCAAGCAUCAAUGAAGAGGUUAAAAGUUUGCCAAACAGAAAACGUCAGACUCAAGAGGGCUCUAUCGAAUCUGAGAAAUUAGAAAUAUGUGAUACUGCGUUCAAAUGUAGGACUGUGAGUAUUAAAAACAGUGAUAAAUCAAAUCUUGAACACAAUACGGACAUUGCUGAAGGUGUCCCACGUAUAACAGUGACAACUAAUAAAGAAACAGCAUUAGACAAGUCAACGAGUACUUCGACUGAAAGUGGAACCACUAGUAUAAAUAAAUCUUCCAAAUUGCAGUACGCAGAUACAAGCCUCUCAGAAGUAACUGGUAAAAUUCAAAAGCUUACUCCAGAAGUAGUCAAAUUGUUAGCUUCAGAGGACAGACUGGACCUUGUUUUGCUUCAGUUUUUAGAACAAGUGAACGACAAACGCUUUCCAUUGGACAAUAUGGCAUUUCGGCUUUGGACGGAAGUCGUUAAAUGGUUUGAGUGUAGAACCUCGACUGAAAUGCGAUAUUCAGAAGAUACAAAACAGUUCUGGAGACUAGGCUACAAAUUGUUCGGAGCACGAUUUACCAAUUUUAUGGGCGGAUACAAACACCACGGCCAAGUCGUUAGAAGUGAAACUGUAAAGGGUUAUUAUUCUCCAGCUUCUGCAAGCAUUAACUUUGCCGUCCCAAAUGACAAAAUCUUACGACAGUUUGUUAGCCGUUAGUGGCAAAUUUGUGACCACAUGUGUCACAGCAAAACAACUUGGGACCAUCGUGUACCGAAGCCCUAAAAUUAGUAAAAUGUGGUUAUCAGUGAAAACACAUUGCUUAAUACAAUACACUAACACAUUACCAAGCACAAACUUCACAGCAUUGCCACACUGAUAAUUUAUGUUUGGGUUUCUGCCCUGCUAUUAAUACACAACUUAAUUAUAUUGAAAAUAAUGCAUAUAAACAAUGCAUUUUUGAUACUGUUAUAUUAACCAUGUGCCGUCCACAAGACAACACUCAUGUAUUCAUAGAUACUGUAUAAAUAACAUCUAUUGACCAGAUUAAAUCAUCUUUGCCUAUUGAAAUACUGAGUAAGAAAAUAAUUGUGCAAACCUGUGCCUCUGAACUUUCGACUUGCUGUAGAAAAGCUUUCCACAGCAUCUAUACGGCGCCUUUCCGUCAUGGCUUUUCUCGUGCUGAUAAAGCCCAGAUCUGCCUUUAUACGACUUUCCGCAGUGACGGCACAUCAACUCCUUUCCAGAUUCCUGAAAUUAUACGUUUUCUACGUAUACUUUAUAUAUCAUUAGACGUUUAUGAUCAAUUUUUUUACAAACAUUUACAGGACUUUAUCUUUAUAUCAUACAGCAUUUCAACGUUUGCACAAACAACAUUAACAAUCAGUUUGACA